GUUGCAUUCUAGUCUAACAUAAAUGCAUUUAUGAUGCAGUUGAGAUGUUUUGAGACAAAAUAUUACAAUUUUAUACAACCGAGCUAAAAGUACCGCGCCUAAAUUGGUUCAAGUGUGGACUAGCACACCAAGUGGUGAGCAACAACCUUGCUUAGUAAUAGUCGAGUGUCGGGCUUUGCCUCACGAUGUUUGCCAAAUCACAUUCGUAACUUGACUCAUCUUUAUCGAUAAAGGAAUUUAAAAUGUGGCUUGCAGUUAUUCUGUUUUUCAUUUUUUUGGCGACUUAUGUGAUACAACAAGUGAAAAAACCACUUAAUUUUCCACCAGGUCCUUACUGGUUGCCAUUUGUGGGUAACCUCCCCCAACUAAAGAAACUCUCUAAAAGCCUGGGAGGGCAACACCUCGCCCUAUCACACCUCGCCAAAGAAUACGACACAAACGUUCUAGGCCUCAAAUUAGGAAACGACUACGUAGUAACAGUUUUCACUUACCCUCUCAUCAGAGACGUUCUAAUCAGCGAAGAAUUUGAAGGAAGACCCGACAAUUUCUUCCUACGACUUCGGUGCAUGGGCAAAAAAAGAGGAAUCACUUGCACCGAAGGCGAAGAAUGGAACACGUUGCGAAACUUCGUAAAUCGCCACUUGCGCAGCUUGGGUUUUGGCAAAAAACCGAUGGAAAAAAUGAUCCAAGCCGAGAUUUGUGAAAUUCUAGCAAUUCUGAAAAAAGACGGGUCUGAUAUUCAAGUCGACAAGUUUUUGGCCCCUUGCGUCCUGAGCGUAAUAUGGACGUUAAUAACGGGGGAAAAAAUCUCGCGAGAAAACAACCAAUUAGACGAAUUGUUGGAUUUGUUCAAUCUGCGGUCGAAAGCAUUCGAUAUGACUGGAGGCACCCUCACUCAAUAUCCCUGGCUGAGGCACUUUUUGCCCGAUUGGAGUGGCUUUAAUUUGAUCAAGUCGGUAAACGCGAGUUUGAAAAAUUUGUUCAUGAAAUAUAUUCAAGAGCAUAAAGAUGGGUGGUUUGAUGGAAGAAGUGAAGAUUUGAUUUAUCGCUACAUUACCGAGAUGAAGACUAACACAGAAACCUCGAAAUAUUUUACUGAUGACCAUUUGGUUAUGGUCUGUGUAGAUCUCUUCAUAGGCGGGGCCCAAACUACAAGUCGAACUUUAGGUUUUGCCUUCCUCAUGAUGAUUAUGUUUCCUGAAGUGCAGAAAAAAGUGCAAGAGCAAAUUGAUAAGCACUUUGAUAAGGAUUCACCCAUUCAGUAUUCUGAUCGUUACAAGUUACCUUAUGUUGAAGCAGUAUUAUUAGAAACUAUAAGAUAUCGGUAUGUUGUUCCCAUCGGGGGGCCCAGAAGAGUCACAAAAGACACUACAUUAAAUGGCUAUUAUUUACCAAAGAAUACAACAGUUUUAAUUAGUUUUUAUUCAAUCAAUAACGACCCGGAAUACUGGCAGAAUCCGGAGAGUUUCAACCCGGAACGAUUUCUAGACGAAAAAGGUUCAUUACUACCGGACGAAAAACUAAUCCCCUUCGCUUUAGGUCGCCGACGGUGUGUUGGCGAAGUACUCGCAAAAAAUUGCAUUUUUUUGUUGUUUGUUGAAAUUUUAAGAAGGUACAAUGUGUCCUUAGCUCCAGGUUCGAAACCUCCGACUGGAAAACCUUUACCAGGGAUUACUCUAUCUCCAGAAAGCUAUAGAGUUAAAUUUACAGAACGAUUGUUAUAAAUAUGCAUUGAACUCAACAAGGUUAAAUGCUCGAAUGAUAGCCAAAUGUAAAGUAGUGACGUCAGACACGUGUUCUAGUCUUACAUGUUGCACAUUCCAAAUGCUUGGAGACGAGUUAUGUAACAGUGGUCUGUAUAAAGUUCACUGUCAAUAAAAACUGAUCAAUAGUAAUGUUGGGAGAUUUUUAUUUAUCGGUUUUAAUCAGAAUUCAAGGUUGCAGGGAUUAUAACUGUUUUUUCAAAGCGGAAAUAUUUACUAUUUCAAAAUUCUUAUAACUAACGCAAAAUUUAGUUUAAAAAUUUUCUUUUUUUCUUUGAAAGCAGCACAAAAAGCGUAAAACUGAAAAAAAUAGUAUAAAACACUUUU